AUGGCUAAAAAAGUAAGAGGAAGAAGAUCCGAGAAACCAAAGAAGUCAGAAGAAGCGGUUGAAGAAGUUUCCCAAGAAGUUUCCGCGGUAGAGCAAUCCACUGCUGGGGAAGUCCCAACCCCAUUCUAUGGGUUGGUGGAUUCUGCUGAAAGUUCUUAUUUCAAAGAAGCCGAAAGCACCAUGAACCUCAAUAUGUUUGAAAACGAUGAAGAUAAGAAACUUUACGUCAACAGUGUGUUUAUGGAAAGUAAAGGCAAAGAAUUGAAAUUGGUGACGAAUCAGAUAUGUUCCAAAUUAAUUGAGAGAUUGAUUUUGAAUGGUGAUGCCAAACAAAUUAAAGGAUUAUUUAGAAGUUUUUCCGGCCAUUUCGUGGCGUUGGCCCAUCAUAAAUAUGCCUCGCAUUGUUUGGAAACUUUAUUCAUUAGAGCAGCAUCGUUGGUGGAACAAGAAAUCUUGGGAGAGUCCAAUGAAACGAAUAAUGAGGAGGAAGAACAAGAACAAGAAGAAGAACAAGAAGAAGAAUUAUACGCGUCCAUGGAAUCGAUUAUGACAUAUAUGGUCAAUGAGUACAAGCCAUACCUUAAAGAAAUGAUCUCGCAUCAAUACGCCUCGCACGUCCUCAGAGUGUUGUUACUUAUUUUGGCAGGGAAAGAAUUACCUUCCACCACGGUGGGUACUUCGGUUCUUAGAAGUAAGAAAUCCAAAGUCGCGAGAAAAAUGAUCGAGAUCAAGGAUAAUUCUGAUUUUGCCAGAAGUUUCCAAAUCCCCGCAGGGUUCAAAGAAGAGUUGGCGGUGAUAUUAAACACCAUCAAGGAAGGACAAACCACCGGACUGUUGAGAAACUUGGCGAUUGAAAAAAUCGCGUCUCCAGUGAUACAAUUGAUCAUUCAAAUCGAAGGGAUGGUGGCCAGAGAUCGACCAUUCUAUCACAUUAUUUUCUUUGAAGCCAGCCACGAAAGUGAUCAACAAGAAGGGGCAUUUGUCGAAUACUUGUUGAGUGAUGCCGUGGGGUCGCAUUUCCUUGAAGCGGUGGUGAAAUACGGGGUGCAAAAGAAUAUCGACCGGUUGUACAAGUUGUACAUGAAAGAUCGGAUUGAUAAGCUUGUUAGAAGACAGAACACCGGGAUUUUCGUGGUCGAAGGGUUGCUUUUCAAAUUAGGAAAAGGCGAAGCCAAAGAAAUGUUGGAUAAGUUCAUCCCCGAUAUCAGCGAGCUUCUUGAUAUAAAUUUGGACUUGGGUAAAGCGAUCAUCGACGCUUCUGCUAAACAUAAUAACUACAAACAACAAGAAAUCAUUGACGAAAUCAUCAAGAAAUAUUCCGAUCAGAAUACCAAUAUGGUCGAAGGGAUUUUGAAAUUAUCGACUUCGACAUUGGGAAACACCAACGACGAUUGGCCCACCGCCGAAGAAAGAUGGAGAGCGCUUUUUUUCGAGAAAUUGGUCGAUUACGACGCCCGGUUAUUGAAUUCUGGGGUCGAGGCGUGUAUUGAAUUACCGCAAGAACGGUUGAUCCAAAUGUGUUACCAUGGGGUGUUUUCGCAUGUGGUGGAAAGCGUGUUGAAAGUUGAUGGGGUCGAUACCCUCACCAGAAGAAGAUUACUCAAUCAAUUCUUGGGCCAUUUCGCCAACUUAUCGUGCAAUGCUUACGGGUCACAUGUCGUCGAUAAGUUUUGGGAUUAUACCGUCAAGAUGACCAAUUAUAAAGAAAAGAUUUGUGGUGAAUUGCUCGCUGAAAAAGAAAAGGUCAAAGAAAGUACUUAUGGGAGAUUGGUGUGGAAGAAUUGGAAAAUGGAUAUGUUCAUUAGAAAAAGAAGCGAUUGGAAAUACCAAGUGAAAGAACAGGAGUUUGUGAAAUACCCACCAAAGACCGCCGAGGAGGAGAAAAAGGAACUUGAAGAGAAAGUACAGGAAGAGAAGAAGGAUAAAAAAAGACCAAAUGUCGGGAUCAAUAGUGGAUUCACCAGUAAUAAGAAACCAAAAGUCAGAGGUCGUAACAGAACCAAGAAUUAA